GCCACAACUCCGGAAGAGAGAGGGCUGCUGGAAGCCAAGAAGAGCGGGCCGGAGAGAACACAGAGGGCCAGGCUGGGCUCCUGAGCCUGAAGGCUGCCCAGAGAAGCCGGCUAGGCCUCAGGAAACCUCGGAGCAAAUUCACCAUUUCCAGAAGGACCUUUAACCCAAUAGUCUCUUUGUGGGCUGGGGCUUUAGCCGGGCAUCAAGACUUGGAUCGCAAGUAAUUUCUGCAGAACAAAAUGAAGGAGAAAAAAGCCAGCUCUGUGCCCAUGUUGGAAGUUCCCAGUGGAACUAGAACUCCACAGUCCCAGCUCCAAGAGAGUCAUGUGUUCAUUCAUUCAAUAAUUUGAGAGCCUACUAUGUGCUGAAACUGUGAAUCAGACACAGCCUCUGCCCUCAAAGGACUUGCAGUGGAGUUAGAGAUCAGAACUCUAAUCUACUUUUUCACAGAUGAGAAGACUGAGGUCCAGAGAAGUUAUGCCAUGCUUAAGGCCACACUGCAAAAUACUACCAGAAGUGAGACCAGAGCUGUCUUCCCACAACUCAGUUCAGAUUUGGCUAAGACCAAGUGCAGAACUCUUUCCCAAUGGACCACCCACCCUUUUGAGGGCCACAUCUCAGCUUCUAUUUGAGACACUACCUAGUUUUCAUGACCUUUCCUUCUGUGCACCCUCUGCAACCCCCCUCCAAAACCUGGAGCCUAGGGUUUGGAAAAGAAAAUGGUGAGCCCUGAAGAGAAACUCAGGCUGGGCAUUUUGAACCAUCCUCUGAAAGAAAAGGAAAUGUGACUUUAUCCUCCCUUAAGCAUUAACUCUUCCUAUGACCGAGAGGUUGAAGCCGUUAAAAACAAAACAAAACAAAAAGCCUGAGUGGUCUCACUCAGUACCGGAAGGUGGAUCCCCGCCCCGUGGUACUCUGCUAAGACAAAUGGGGAGCCACCUGUCAGAGGACUGUGGGCGGGGGCCCGGCCGAGAGGGCCCCGGGACCGGAGGGUGAGCGCCGCUGAGCGCACGCUCAGAGCAGACAGCUUGCAGGAGGCAGGAGAUGAUGGUCUAAAACCCUGAGAGCUGACGGUCAGAGCGGAGGGGGGGGGAAGGUAGUCACGGAGGGGAGACAGCUACAGGAGGUGGAGAAUCCUGGAGGUGACAGCAAGGAGAGUACGCAACGGCGAGGGGCGGCUUCUGCGCCGACGCCGGGCGGUCGGGCGAGAGGAAAGCAGGGCAACGCUGCGCCGCUGCGGGCGGGCCCCGCCCGGGCGGGGGAUGCCAUGUCUCGAGAGCGGCCCCCCCGCACCGACAUUCCCCGCAACCUGAGCUUCAUAGCCGCACUAACAGAGCGUGCCUACUACCGCAGCCAGCGGCCCAGCCUCGAGGAAGAGCCGGAGGUGGAGCCAGGCGAGGGCGGGACGCGCCUUGGGGCCCGAUCCCGCGCUCACGCUCCGAGUCGGGGUCGCCGGGCCCUUUCUGCGCCCGCCGGAGGCGGCGGGGUCCGGGCGCCCCGCAGCCCCGACACCCGCAAGAGAGUGCGUUUCGCCGACGCCCUUGGGCUGGAGCUGGCCGCGGUGCGCCGCUUCCGCCCGGGAGAGCUGCCCCGGGUGCCCCGCCACGUGCAAGUCCAGCUGCAGAGGGACGCCCUCCGCCACUUCGCGCCGUGCCAGCCUCGCGCCCGCGGCCUCCAGGAGGCGCGCGCCGCCCUGGAGCCGGCCAACGAGCCUGGCUUCGCCACCCGCUUGCAGGCGCAGCGCAUCUGCCUGGAACGCGCCGAGGCGGGCCCGUUGGGCGUGGCCGGGAGCGCGCGCGUGCUGGACCUGGCCUACGAGAAGCGCGUGAGCGUGCGCUGGAGCGCCGACGGCUGGCGGAGCCAACGCGAGGCACCCGCCUCCUACGCCGGCCCGGCCCCGCCCCCGCCGCGCGCAGACCGCUUCGCCUUCCGCCUUCCGGCGCCACCCAUUGGGGGCGCCUUGCUUUUCGCCUUGCGCUACCGCGUGACCGGCCACGAGUUCUGGGACAACAACGGCGGCCGUGACUAUGCUCUACGCGGGCCCGAGCACCCCGGGAGUGGCGGGGCCCCGGAGCCCCAAGGCUGGAUCCACUUUAUCUGAGACGCCUGGGCCGACGGCGGGAAAACCAAAGGCACCCAGGGGCUGGGGGAGCCCGAAGAUUUGGCGGGGAGGAAUGAGAGAAACCGAGAUUGGCUGGGAGCUGUCCAAGAGAGUCAAAAGGGGUGGAGAACCUACUUCCUUUUCUCCAAGACCAUGGUUGAUCCACCUUCCUCCCUCAGGCUCCUCCUUGACAGUCUUCUAGAAGGGAGAAGAGGGAAAAGAAGCAGUUCCUGAUGCAGAUGAACAGCUGCUCCCAGGUCAAAGUUCCAGCAGAGUGAAGAAAGAACCUCCUGGAAGCCACCAAGCAAUGCGCUUUUUAGUCAUCAAUGAAGAGCCCAAGGGAGGAUGAUGGAGAGGGAGCCUGGGUCGAGGCUCAGUAUAUACUAAUCUCUUGCCUAAUGUGUAUGCACUAUUGUCAUGUUGUAUUAACAGUCAUAAUAGCUCACAUUUACUUAUCCACUCAAAUCUGGUGUCUUGCAUGCAUUACAAUCCUCAGAACAACCCAAUCAGUUGAGAAAUACUAUCCCUGUUUUAGAGAUGAGGAAACAGCUCAGAAAAGCAUAGUAAUUUGUUCAAGAUCACAUCACUGGUAAAUGGCAUUGCUAGGAUUGUGAACUCAGGCUCUCCAGAGCUUCUGUAUAUAACCAUGUUACUAUAUUUUUUUCAUUUAAAAACAAAACUGAAAACUUUACCAUAUAUAAUCUCUUAUUAGGAGAAGACCACAGUUUCUAACUGCUCCGCCUUCCCAUCCUCGCAGAUUACUGAACUGGCUUAGAGAAGGCAAAGUGCUGUGGGUCCCACACUCCCAUGCAGGAGCUUGCUGCUCUCUCCUGUACCAGUGUCCCAGCUCUGCAGAAGUAGCAAGGGACCACACUGCCUGCCUGCUAGAGAACUUGGGAACCCAUUUGAACUCCAGCUUUUCCUUACAUUGGGAUUCUCUCCUGGCCCUAACCAACAUUCUACACCUGUUGGUGUGACACCCCUUUCCACUCCCCUGACUGGUCUUGAACUGACCAGUCCUUAAAGUCUCCACUAAAAGGUAUCCCUGACUAGGACAACUGUUGAAUGAUCUGUGCUUGGGCCCUCUCUGCAAGCCCUGGUAUUACUGAGUGGAUAAAUGUAAACUGGUUGGAGACAGGGAACCAAGGAUAAUCCAUUUUUCCCUGAGCUUUCUCUGUAAGAAGUACUAUGGCUCACCCACCCCCCACCUCCCAUUCUCAGCUUUAUAGAACCAACACCUGAAUCUUCUAGUUCUUCCCAUAUAGAGCUGCCCCAGGGCCUGGGGGUAAGCUGAUCUAAUCUGAUAUGGGGAACACUAGAAGUUUGGUGGAAUUUUUAGAGAUGUGUUAGGUGUUAGGCAUUGGGAUGGGUCCUUUCCCCCUGAAGGCUGAUGACUAUAUGAACAGGAGCAAUUUAGUGUAUAACAGGUCAGCUGUGGACUAGGCAGCACUAGAAGAGAAAACAUUGCCUUGAUCAGGGGCUUGGGUCCUUGAAGCCACACAGCUGGAACACUUUUGCCCGGUCUUCUUACACUUACCUGUCUGACAGCCUUCCUCUCGUACCUUAGUUUCUCUUUAUGCAUGUAGCUCAUUUCUCUUCACAAUAAGCCCUAACUCCUAAACUUUCCAAUCGAACUCCCACAUUCCCUUGCUUUUAACACCUGCAUUUCUCUGGAGCUCCUCUGGAUCCUUGCAAUCUGCAAGGUCAUAGAAUCAGAGACCUGGAAAAGCUUGUCUUUAGAGAUCACUGGGUCCAUUCUCCAGUACAAAUGAGGACACAGGUCCAGAGAUGAGGAGACUUCAGCAGGGUCAGAGAAUUUGUUAGUACAGCUCGAGAUGGGGCUUAACCCCAGCCCUCCUGACCAUAUCCCACUCCCAGGCUACAAAACGGGCCUCUACAGUCAGACCCGCAAUUUUUCAUGGCAAGCAAUAAUAUCAUAAAUGUUUCAUUUUCUGUUGCUAGUUUCUAUUCCCUUCCUUAUCCAGGCAUAGAAAGAAACAAAAGGCACUUGUAGUUUUCUCUGUGUUCCCAGCCUUGGUACUUCUUUGGGUGAUAUUGCUAAGGAACAGUGAAGUUGCUAAAAAAACUGAAUAAUCCACCUAUUGACUAGUUAACCUGGAGAGGAAUUGAAAGUUUGCUAUGUGAAUCCCCCCAAACCACUGUUCUCAUCAGGCCCUCCCAGAGCGUCCUCACCCUCUUCACAGUGCAGCCCUGUUCACUGGGCCCCAAACCCACUAGAAUUGUGCCUCACUUCAGCUUCCUCAUGCAGCUGCCCUCCCUUCUGGAUAAAAGACCUCAUAUUUGAAAUAAAGUCGAAAUAUGAAAGUA